AUGGCAGGGAGCCGUGGUCCACGAGUUCCUCACCUUUGGACUCCUGAUGGCCUGUGUUGCACCUUUAUUUCUGCUAAAUGCCACUGUGACAGAUCACCAAAUCCUCAUUUGGUGUUUCAGUAUCCACCUCCCUCAGACAGGGAACAGAAAAGGUCAGGUGAAGGCCAGAGUGGGCUAGCUGUCUGUUCCUACCUCACAGAGCUCGAAGAAGAUGCCCGCUCGGCUCUGGAGGACCUGGAGAGGACUGCCCUCCUGCAGACACUUCGGCAGGCAGUGGGUGCAGAGGCAGGCGAAGGCCUUGGGGAAGCAGAUCCCAGUACUGACACCCCCGACCCAAGGGAGAGCCUGAGGAAGGCUUUCUCUGGGCAAGAUUCUAACACUGUACUUAGCCGUCUUCUGGCAAGAACCAGGAAACAACAUAAGCAACAUAGGACCGCCUCAGAAUGCUUCUGGAAAUACUGCAUUUGAGGAGAGACAAGCAGCAACUGGUCUCCUCAGAACCACCACUUCAGAAAACUAAAA